CUCCCAUUGGCUGAUGGUAUUGAAAAUAGAGAGAGCAUCUUUCAAAACUACUCGCCAUCCUCCCUCUUGACUGCCUGUCGUUGGUAAUAUACAUCUAACGCAUCGCUGUUCAUUCACACUUCCAUCAAGCAAUACCUAGACUGCAGGGGUCUAGAAGUUUAAAGGGACUCGGCAUUGACGUUUACCAUCGAUACCUCUGAGCUGGACACCACCAUUAUUUCACCAUGACGUCGGCUCGACUGAUUGCUGCUUCCUCUCUUCGAGGUAUGCCUCGACAUGUCUCUCUGAACAAGAGGGGACUGGCGACGGCCGCUUCAAAGAUUGGAAGUCAAAAAGUUGCCAUGAGCAACCUUGAAAAGGGAAAGUACAUAAAUUACCAAAAGAUGGAAGACAACCUCAACGUCGUCCGGUCAAGACUCAACCGACCUCUGACUUAUGCUGAGAAAAUCGUCUACGGUCAUUUGGACAACCCCCACGAGCAGGAGAUCGAGCGAGGUGUCUCGUACCUCAAACUCAGGCCGGACCGCGUAGCAUGCCAAGAUGCGACUGCCCAGAUGGCUAUUCUCCAGUUCAUGUCCGCUGGACUUCCUCAAACUGCCGUCCCCACGUCUGUGCACUGUGAUCACUUGAUCCAAGCUCAAGUUGGAGGUGAGAAGGAUCUCGCUAGGGCUAUCGACAUCAACAAGGAGGUCUAUGACUUCUUGGCUACUGCCUGUGCGAAAUACGGAAUCGGUUUCUGGAAACCAGGAAGUGGUAUCAUCCACCAGAUUAUUCUCGAGAACUAUGCUGUCCCCGGUCUUAUGAUGAUUGGAACUGAUUCUCACACACCCAACGCUGGUGGUCUCGGAAUGGUCGCUUGUGGUGUUGGUGGUGCCGAUGCAGUCGAUGUCAUGGCCAACAUUCCUUGGGAACUUAAAGCACCCAAGGUCAUCGGUGUGUACCUUGACGGAAAAAUGGGCGGAUGGACAACUCCCAAAGACGUCAUUCUCAAGGUCGCCGGAAUUCUCACUGUCAAGGGAGGAACCGGUGCCAUCAUCGAAUACCACGGACCUGGUGUCGAGUCUCUCUCUUGUACCGGUAUGGCCACCAUCUGUAACAUGGGAGCCGAAAUCGGUGCCACCACCUCACUCUUCCCCUUCAACAAGCGAAUGAGCAGCUACCUCGAGGCCACCAACCGAAGUGCCAUUGCUCGAUAUGCCGAAGACUUCCAACACAACUUGCAACCCGAUAAGGAUUGCGAGUAUGACCAGAGGAUUGAAAUUGACCUGAGCACCCUCGAACCCCACAUUAACGGACCUUUCACUCCUGAUCUCGCCACUCCCAUCUCCAAAUUCGCCUCGGAAGUCAAGAAGAACUCGUGGCCAUCCGAGCUUAAAGUCGGUCUCAUUGGGUCCUGCACCAACUCGUCCUACGAAGACAUGAGCCGAUCCGCCCACAUUGCCAACGAGGCUGCUUCGCACGGUCUCAAGGCAAAGUCUCAGUUCACCAUUACCCCUGGAUCUGAGCAAGUCCGAGCCACGAUCGAGCGAGAUGGAUUCAUCGAGUCAUUCGAGAAAAUCGGAGGUGUCGUCUUGGCCAACGCUUGUGGACCUUGUAUCGGACAGUGGGACCGAAAAGACGUCAAGAAGGGCGAAGCCAACUCUAUCGUCACAUCCUACAACCGAAACUUCACCGGGCGAAACGACGCAAACCCUGCCACUCAUGCCUUCGUCACUUCCCCUGAUCUCGUUACUGCCAUGGUCUUUGCUGGAGACUUGAGCUUCAACCCUCUCACCGAUUCACUCAAGGGAUCCGAUGGCAAAGAGUUCAAAUUCUCGGAGCCCAAGGGCUACGAGCUCCCCGCCAAGGGAUACGACCCAGGUCAAAACACUUUCCAGGCUCCUCCCAAGGAUGGCGCUUCAGUCAACGUCGCUGUCUCACCUUCCUCUGACCGAUUGCAACUUCUCAAGCCCUUCAAGCCUUGGGACGGAAAAGACAUCAUUGAAGCCCCUGUUCUUAUCAAGGCCAAGGGCAAGUGCACUACCGACCAUAUCUCUGCUGGGGGACCAUGGCUUAAGUACCGAGGUCACUUGGAGAACAUUUCGCAGAACAUGUUGAUUGGAGCUAUCAAUGCUGAUAACGGCGAGGCCAACAACGUCUUGAACCAACAGGAUGGAUCUUUCGGCCCCGUCCCUACCGUCGCCGCCUCUUACCGAGAUGCGGGCAUCCCAUGGGUUGUCGUCGGAGACGAAAACUACGGUGAAGGAUCUUCUCGAGAGCACGCCGCACUUGAACCUCGAUUCCUUGGGGGUCGAGCUGUCAUUUGCCGAUCGUUUGCCCGAAUCCACGAGACCAACUUGAAAAAGCAAGGCAUGCUUCCUCUCUGGUUCAAGAACCCUGCGGACUAUGACAAAAUCUCUGGAACUGACAAGAUCUCCAUCCUCGGAUUGAACAGCUUCAAACCUGGACAGGAUCUCGAUGUUGAAAUCACCCACAAGGAUGGUGGAAAGGAGAAGAUCAAGGUGACUAGCUCUAUCAACGAAGGCCAAUGGGGAUGGUUCAAAGCUGGAUCUGCCCUCAACAUGAUGGCUGCCAAUGCUAAGAAGCAGUAGGUUGGACGCGCGCGCGCGAAGGGAGGCAUGAGUGGAGGAGAUAUAACGAAGUCGUCUGUUCUUUCUCUUUCGGAAUUUUUUUCGGCUAAAGGAUGCUCAGCAGCCUGACCUGAGUAGAGCCACAGUGUCCCUUCCUCCAUUCUUCAUCAGCAUAGUGUGUGAUGCUUGUAACGUGAUGCAAAGAGACCUGUCCCAAUGAA